UCUUUCACCAACAUAUGCAAGCACAAAAAUAGGCGAAUUAGGCCAAAAGAAGGCGCAGAAAGAAAGCGAGAAAUCGCUGAAGUGGAUGUAGAAAAGCACCCCCAACACUGCCUGCAACACCCACAACAGAAAAAAGCCACACUAAAGAGAGGGACGUGAUAGGAAGCAAAAAGAGAGCUCCUGCUGCAUAAAGCCCUGAUCACCAACUCUCUCCAAUCCCCACAAAGCGUAGCAAUCACCAACACACUUAUCCUACAAUCACAAGUACUCCUUGUUCUUUCACAAGCCAGCAAGCAGCUCCUCUCCACCAUCUCAACACGCACCUCCAUUCAAACACCCACUGAGCAGCACCAGUCGUUGGUGUUGCUAAAAAGAGAAGAAGAAGGAGAAGGAGUAGGAGGAAGAGAAAUAUUGGAGGUUGAGGUAUGAGAAGUGGAGUUUGCAUAGUGCGGCAGGCUCUCAAUGAUGAGGUUGCCUCGGUCCUCAAGCACUCCGUCAACCUGGCUAGAAGGAGAGGUCAUGCCCAGGUCACACCCCUGCAUGUUGCUGCAACCCUCAUCAGCUCCUCCUCUGAGUCCACUGACGUUCUCAGGGGAGCUUGCCUUAAGUCCCAACCUCACCACCCUGCCAAUCACCUUCUGCAGUGCAGAGCCCUUGAGCUCUGCUUCAAUGUAGCUCUCAACCGGCUCCCCACCACCGCCCCUCCCUCCUCUGGAUCACUCCUCCCUCCCCCUUCCUCCCUCUCAAAUUCCCUCAUUGCAGUUCUCAAGAGGGCGCAGGCCAACCAGAGGAGGGGCUGCAUUGAGCUGCAGCAGCAGCAACCUCUGCUGGCUAUCAAGGUGGAGAUGGAGCAGCUCAUGCUCUCCAUCCUGGAUGACCCUAGUGUGAGCAGGGUGAUGAAGGAGGCUGGCUUCUCUAGCAGCAGCGUCAAGAGUAAGCUUGAGGAAGAAGCUUCUAGUUUGAGCCAGUCCUCUCCGUUUCUGUUGGACUCUGGCAAGGACGUCACCGACAUCGGCAGAAAAAUGUGGCAGUGCCCAAGCCUUGGUUUUCCUUCCAAGGCCUCUGUAAGUGAGGAGUUGAGGUCAGUCAUCGAAGCGAUGCUAAGAAAGCAGGGAAGGAACGCCAAUAUUGUGGUGGUGGGAGACUCAGUCUCCAUGACGGAGGGCCUUGUGACUGAGCUGAAGGGGCGGCUUGAGAGAAAUGAGGUCCCUGAUGAGCUCAGACAUGCCAGUUUCAUAAAUCUUCAGUUCUCUGCCAAUCUUAGGCUGAUGAACAAGGGUGAGGUGGACAUGAAGCUGUCUGAUCUCAGAAGCACCAUCAAUUCUUUAACAGCAGAUAGAGUUGGACUCAUAAUCUACGCAGGGGAUUUGAGUUGGAUAGUGGACGAAGAAGCAAGAGAUGGAUGUGGCUUCAACUAUGACCCAGUGGAGCAUAUGGUUGCGGAGAUGGGUAGGAUUUUCUCCGAGUUCAAGAGCAACAUUGACAACAGGUUAUGGCUAUUGGCUACUGCAAGCUACAGCACGUACUGGAAGUGCCAAAUAAGGCAGCCAUGUCUUGCGACUCUAUGGGCCCUUCAAGCUGUGGUGGUUCCCUCUGGUUGGCUUGGCUUGGAUCUCCAAGUUUCCAGUUGCCUAAAUUCAAGGGUGUUGAAAUUUGACGAGUCCCCAUCUCAACUGCUUCAAUCAAAGAUUUUUAGUUCAAAGGAAAAUGAGAUGCUCCUUUGUUGCGACGACUGCACAUUUAACUACGAAAAAGAAGCAUUAAUUUUUAAGUCAGAAACCCCAUGCUGGCUCCAAGCAACCGCUGAGAGCGAUCAAAAGAAAGCUUUGCCAGAAUUGAAGAGGAAGUGGACCAAGAUAUGCCGAAACCUUCAACAUAAUCACUACUCUCCAUUCUUCAAUCAGAGUCUCAUCAGCAUGAAUUACACCGGGUCUUUGUCCAAGUCCAAUUCAUGGUGGCCUGACAGCUUCUUCGCCAACCAAAACAAAACCUUCAUCGAACAGCAUUCAUUAUCUUUUUCUGCACCCAUUCAAAAUCUUUAUCCUGGAUUCUCGAUGGUUGAUAAGAAAAACAAGACAGGGAACUCAUCUGAGGAAAGCUUCAGUUCCCUUAAAAUUUCAACAGAUCACCAGGUUAAGACGACUCUUGCAUUAUCCAAUCCCUCCUUCUCAGAUUCGGCAACAUCAAAAAACCAGACAAGACUAUUGAUGGCAGACCCAACAGCUCUACAACGCCAAUUGCAAGUGGAAAUUCCUUGGCAAUCAAAGAGCAUUCCUUUGAUAAUGGAAGCACUGCAUGAGUGUGUUAGUGGUGAUAAGAAGUCUAUGACGCUCCUGAUAAAAGGUACUGAUUUUGUUGCCAAGAGAAGGCUAGCUUCAGUCAUUGCCAAGUCCUUCUUUGGAUCUACGGAUAAGAUAAUCCAGAUUAAACAAAAUGUCUCAUGCUGUGCAACUCUCUUGGAUGCCUUGAGAAAGGACCGGAAACGUGUGGUCUUGAUAGAGGAUUUCUGUCAAAUGAAGGCUGACUUCAUUGAAUCAUUCACGGAUGCCAUAAAAUUUGGAUCUUUUAAGAGCAACACAGGUGAAGAAGUGAGCUUGGCUGAUGCCAUAUUUAUAUUGACCACUUCCAAGUGUUCAAAAUUGAAGGAUUCCAGUGGCAUCAACAAGGUAGUGAUGAUGAAACUUUGUUCAUCAUCCUGCUACACCAAAAGGAAGUCAGAGAGUGAUCUUGAGAGCUUAGCAAAGAAGCCAAGAAAAGAAGACCACAGUUUUGAUCUCAAUUUCGUAGUGAACAGCAACACCGAGGAGGAAAAUGUUCCAAGUGAUCUAACACAGGAAGCAGAAUGCAUCAGCCUCCAUCUCCCACAAGAGUUUCUAAAAUCCACUGUUCAGCUCACAUUAGAUGCAGGUCAUAGUGAGCGCCAAGAGGUGAAGCUCAAUCUCCUCUUGAAGCUCCAUCGAGCAUUUGAGGAAGUGCAGACGACUGGCAAUGAUGGAACAGGGCGACUUUUCAUCGAUCCAGAAAUCGCGGAGGAGUUAAUGCAGGCGUCUGAUUUGUUCUCGGAGAGCUUCUUUGAGAAGUGGGUGACAGAGGUUUUGCAACCGAGUCUACUAACUGCGGCAAAAGGUAGGAACUUGAGGUUGAGUUUGGACGGGAAAGAGAGAUGGAAUGUUGAAGAGUUUGGUUUCAUGGCUUCUGUACUGCCAAAUAGGAUAAAUGUGGAUUGAACUGUGCUGUAAUCUAUCAGAAUUAGUAGCAAAAUUUCCACUCUUAUUACA